AUGCCCAUUUCUUUGGCAGAGAAGAAAAGGAGCCAACAACUUAAAAGGAUUCGAUUCGACGAAACGAUGGAAGGUGAAUUCAGAAUUCAAUUCAAGUGUUUGUUUUUUUUAAUGCAGUUAUUGCUUGUAUAUAAUGUGUUUUCUUACGAAAAUUCUAAAUCUAGCAGUCCAAGAAUGACUACGGUUUUGAUUCUUGUUUUAAUUUCCAGACUCCAACUGAAACUCGAAAAUAUAUCAACCAUCUAAUGCAAAUUACUCCUUUUUUUUUUUUUUUUUUUGUUUUUUGGUGGGGGAGUGGGAUGAGUGCAGUGGGUGAGAUAAAGUUUACAUGGAAAAUAAAGAAUUUCCCCGAGCUUGAUUCGCCGAAGCUCUACUCAAAAGUCUUCUCCCUUGAAGAUUACAAAUGGCGGAUACUAAUGUUCCCCAAGGGCAACAAGGUGGGUCAUUUGUCAAUUUUCCUGGAAGUUGCAGAGUCAGAGACUCUGCCCUCUGGUUGGAGUCGAAAUGCAGAAUUCUCCUUGACUGUUGUCAACCAAAUUGAUAACAAAUCCUCAGUUAGAGAAGAUGCAGAGCAUAAAUUUAAUGCACAGGAAAAAGAUUGGGGCUUCUCUAAAUUCAUCCUCCUUGAGGACUUGCAUGAUCUUGAAAGAGGUUACUUGGUGGAUGACAUGCAUAAUUAAGGCUAAUGUUACCGUAUUGAGCGACGAGUCACAUGGUUCAAACAAAGAGGCCAGUGCCACAAAAAGCUCAACUAAAGAAGAUAUUGAUGCAUUCUUCGUGGAUUUGGACUCUGAGAUUUCCAGUAGUAACAAUCCUUCUUCAAAACAUGUUGUAGAAAUAGCUGUGAGAGUGAUAAGGAACGCCUUGAACAUGGAUCCAGCUGACUUAAAUGAUCCUGGAAGAAUUUCGAAAAUUAAAACUGCAUUUGAUGUUUUAUCUUCUUUUGAUGAUUUGUUCUGUACUUACAGCUGAGCAAAAGGAAGAAUUACUAACCAUGAAGGAAAAGUUCGUUGACUUGCCUGAGAGAGCAGCAAGAGCAGCUAAGGACAAGAAUAUGUUUACGCACAAGGCAUUUGUUAAGGUGACGCUUGGUUGCAAACUAGAAAGGUGCUUAAUUGUGUUUAAAAAGGCUAAGCAAGAAACCAAACAGCAGGAACAACAGAUUGCCACCCUCCAGGAGCAAGUUGAUUCCCUCCUUGCUCAAAUUGAUGAGGCACAAAAGAAGAAAGACAAUAUCUCGUCUAAGCAGAAAGAGAUGUUUGAACUUUCCAAGGACUUGAAAGCUGAACUUAACGUGGUAGAAAAGCGGUGGCCAGAGUAUGAAGCAAAGAUGAGGGCCGCCGAAGAGGAGGAGAAGAUGCGCAAGUCCCUGGCAACUAAAGCAGCAGGGAAACCCCAUUCUCCAUGGACGCCACCUACAUUUGCAUUGGGGAGUGUAGUGGAUGAGAUAAAGUUUAUAUGGAAAAUAAAGAAUUUCCCUGAGCUUGAAUUGCAGAAGCUGUAUUUGGAGGUCUUCUCCCUCGGAGAUGACAAAUGGGAUGAGUCCCAUGGCUCAAGCAAAGAGAUCAGUAAUGACGAGAUAGCUAAUGGAUGUAAGGUAGCUACAGGAAACCCAACUGAAGAAGAUAUUAAUGCAUUCUUCGUGGAUUUGGGCUCUGAGAUCUCUAGUAGUCAAAAUCUUUCUCCAAAAGAAGAACUAAAAGAAGCUCUGACAAGGAUAAACGACGAUUUGAACAUGGAUCCAGCUGACUUAAAUGAUGCAGGGGGGAUUUAUAAAAUAAGAAAUGCAUUUGACGUUUUAUCUUCUCUGGAUACUUACUCUGUACUUUCAGCUGAGCAAAAAGAAUUACUAACCAUGAAGGGAAAAAUUAUUGACUUACCUGAGAGAGCAGCAAAAGCAUCUAAGGACAAGAAUCUGUUUAUGCACAAGGAAUUUGUCAAGAUGACACUCCAUCGUGAACUGGGGAGGUGUCUAAUUGUGUUUGAAAGCACUAAGGAAGAAACUGAACAACAGGAACGGAACAUUGCCACCCUUUAGGACAAAGUUGAACCCCUUGUUGAAAUUGUUGAGGCACAGAAGAAGAAAGACAGUUUAUCAUCCAAGCAAAAGGAAAUGUAUAAACUUUCCAAGGACUUGAAAGCUGAACUCGAUGCGCUGGAAAAGCAGUGGCCAGAGUAUGAAGCAAAGAUGAAGGUUGCUGAAGAGGAGGAGAAAAUGGUUCAUACAGAAUGGCACAAAAUGAAACAAUUUGUUUCAU